ACUUCUCUUUCUCUGUGGUAAUCAGCUGUGUUUUUGAUACAGAUUGCCGGUAUCGGCAAUGCUGAAAAAUCAUUUAUAUACAUAUAUUUUUAUUUAUAUACAUAAUGUACUGUCAGCUUAAACGAAAUACAGCCACAAUCAAUUGCAAUCAGCUGAUCAAAGAAAUGUCGUCUUCUAAUAUUUUCACAUAAUUGAUCGAUAUAUUAUUCUAGCAUUAUGCGUGAAUAGUUGAUGGAAUAUGAAUUACAUUGAAUAAUUUUAAUGAGAAAGAUUGCAUCAUGCGAGAAGAUCGUAUCAAAUAUUAAUUGUUGUAUGUGCAUAUUUAUCAUGCCAGGAAUGAAGUUAGAACGACUAACAUAACCUCGCACAAAUAAAUAACAUCAGAGGAUAACACAAUUAAUUAAUAAUUAUUAUAUUAACUAUAAAAUCUAAGCAUUUUGUAAAUAUAAAAUGCAUUGCAUACAUAAGAUUCUAAAUAUAGCACAGCAUAAUUUACAAGUGCGUAACAAAGCCAACACGAUCUGUAAAAGAUCAGGAAUAUUGCUCCAAGAUAUUGUUUGCCGUUUCAAUCAUGAUUCCGAGGAGUAUAUACCUGCAGAUGAGGAAAAGGACCAGGAAGCGUAUACAGAGAUUUCCAACCAUUAUUUAGGUAUUGCAGUUGGAGGACACAGAACAUUUGUUUUGCAACCAUACAUAAAAUGGGGGAAAGACAAGAAGAGAAACACUUCGCCAGAGUUACAAAUGGCUGAAGCUGUAGCACUCGUAAACACUCUGUCUAACUGGUGUGUAGUUGGGACAAAGUAUGCUCCAUUACUUUCAUUGCAAAAGAAAUCUUUGUUAGGUACUGGUGCGAUGGAAAAUCUGAAGAAAGAAUUAAGUAAAUGCGAAAACCCAACUGCCAUAUUUGUCAGUACUAAUCUGCUAAAGUUUGUUCAAAUUGCUGAAUUGGAAAAAAUUCUUGGUCUACCAGUGUAUGAUCGUUACUCCAUAGUUGUCCACAUAUUUCGUCAGCAUGCAAAAAGUGUAGAAGCAAAAUUGCAAGUAGCUUUAGCAGAAGUACCAUAUGUCCGAAAAAAAAUGCUUGAAACAUCUAUGACUCGCAAUGGCAUUAUAAUGACAGAAAAGACAAAACUAAUCUUUGACAAUAGAGAAAAGAAAUUAAAAAACGAAUUGAGAAAAUUACAACAGCAUCGAAAAAAUAUCAGAAGCCAGCGUACAAGGCAUGGUUUUCCAAUAGUUGCUGUGGUUGGUUAUACAAAUGCAGGAAAAACUUGCUUAAUAAAAGCACUUACGGAUGACAAAUCUCUUCAACCUAAAAAUAAAUUGUUUGCAACUCUUGAUACAACUGCGCAUGAAGGAGUUUUACCCAACAAAUUAAAAAUAUUGUACAUGGAUACUAUUGGAUUCAUCCAAGAUGUGCCAGAAACUUUGAUUGAACCAUUUGUUGUAACUCUGGAGGAUGCCAUGAUUGCUGAUGUUAUAAUUCAUAUAUAUGAUGUCAGUCAUCCUGAUAUGAAAGCACAGUAUCAACACGUUCAGCAAACGAUUAAACCCAUGAUAGACGAGACUCAUCCGAUAAUCGAUGUCGCCAAUAAAUGCGAUCUCAUUCAAAGUGAUUGUGUACCAAAAGACGCAAUCGCCGUUUCUGCUACGAAUUUAACAGGGAUCGAUUUGUUACGUUUGAAAAUACAGGAAGUUCUUUUGGCCGUCACUGGAUUAUUACGCACACGUGUAAGGGUAGAAUCGGGCAGUCCUGCAGCCAGCUGGUUGUACAAAAUGACGACAGUAACGAACGCUCAACCAGAUCCUAAUGAUGCUCAAUAUUUAAUUCUGGAAGUGCUCGCUACUUCAGUCGAUAUUCAAAAGUUCAAGAAAUUUUUAAGACAAUGAAGUAUUCUAUAUUAUAUUUUAUUUGCAACUUUUCGUUAAUAUUUAUCCAUUACUUAUUUAAUAAAUAAACUUAAAGCAUUUUGUAUAAUUUAAAAUAUU